GCGUCUCCGUCUUGGCCUCCGCCUCCGCCUCUCUCUCGCGCUCUCUUUCUCUCUUCGGCUCAUCGGGCAAACUCCAAACCACCAGCACUUUUUGAAGCCUUUAGCCAACUCCAUGGCCUCUUCUGUAACAAGAGAACCAGAAAACAACCGAAAGAAGAGGAAAAAGAAUAAACCAGAGUCAAUCCAAAAACCCAACAAAAGGACCCAAGUAAACCCGCUAAUGGACGAGGAACCUGAAGCCCUGCGAAAAGAUGAGCAAGCAGCCUCCAGUUCCAUGGAGUCACAGGGAAGUAUGGGUUGGAAGAGCCUGGACUUGGCCUUGUUGCUUCAAAAUAAGGAGCUUCCUCUGCAAAGGAAAAUUGAGCUUGCAUACGAGUUUGUUGGGUGUGUGGAUAUUGAGUUGGAGAAAGCUUCCGGUUGUGUUCAAAUACCUCAUCUCAUCUCUUUUAUGAGUGAUUGGAUACAGGGGGUCUUGAUCUCUUCAGAGAAGAAGAAUUUGAUGACUAAGACCGCAAAUAAUUCAAAUAAUUCUAGUGAAAGUAGUGAUGCAGUGGAACCAUGCUUAGAUUUUCGAUGUUGGACAGUUUUCAAAUGGUGCCUAAACUUUGGACAGGUUGAGCAUUUGAAUAUUUCCCCCCACCUUAUGAGAUCAAUUACGUAUGUUUUGAAAGAAGCUUUAAUAUAUUCUGAUGAUAUAUGCUUAAGAAAAGAAACCCAACUUGAUGGAACUAAGCUUUCCCUAUAUGAUCAUUUAGAGCAAUUCUCCGAGUCUUUGUUGUUGCUAUUUCCUCUUCAUGGAAGAAGAUUCAAUGCCAAUAUGGAAUUGUGGGCCUCAUCUUCUUUGGCGGCAGCCGAUCUUGUCCAGAAGGUUUUUACCAUUUCUUGUUCGAAAUAUGAAGGGGAUUGCCUUCUAAAGAUUUCAUCUUUGGUUCUCGAAUCUUUUGCUAGCUUUAUGGCUUCCCACCCCAAUCCAAGAAACUUGUUCCAAGUUUUUGUUGAGAAGCUUUUAGAGCCAUUGAUGACACUGAUUCCAGUCCUGAGAACCUCCACAAAAGAGUCUCUCUGUGGGGAUAUCAAAUAUGAACGGACAUCAAGCUUGUUAGAGAUAGUUGAACAUGUUUUAUCAAGUGGCAUAUUUCAUUUUGCGCAUUUAGAUGGUUUUUUGGGUCUCCAUAAUUUAACCAAGUCACUUGGAUCCCCAGGAGUUACAAAAGAGUCAAAGAAUGAUGAUUUUGUUACUAGAAAACAAGAAGGUGAAGCCUUGAAAGCAGUUUCCAAAAGCUAUCAUAAAUGCCUGUUUCAAAAAUUGAUGCAGCUCAAAACGGAAAGAAAGAAUCAAGCUUUGGUUGGCCUUGGUCUUCUUCUCAGUUUAUUUAUUUGCCAAGUAAAGAAGCAAUGUAGAGAUGUGAAACAGUCAAUAAGUACAAAGAGUGAUAACGUGCAUAUGGAUACCAAUUUGAAGCACCAUCCCUCGAUAAUCACUUAUGCUUCUUCUGACAAUAAAGCAUUAGAAAAUUAUACCACAUUGUAUGUAAAAAGUACUUCUUCUCGGGGUUUGAAUGAGGCAACAAGGAAGUCUGUAUUUGAUCUUUUCAGAGAGUUUGUGAGACCUCUAUUAUUGGACAUCCAAAAGUGCUCAGAUAGAAGUCUCGAAGAAGAGAAUAUUGAAUUUGUGAUUUUACAUGCCCAUUGCAUUCUUCAGUCAAUCAAUGAAUUACUUGCUCAAGUAAUGCAUGAAAAAAUCUACAUUCCAACUGAGGAUACUCCCCAAAAGGAGAAUUAUUCUUUCUUGAAAGAGGUCUAUGAUGUAUUGCUUAGAUUUUAUGCCCAAAUACCUGCAAUUUGGACGUGGGUAAUAAAGAAUAUCAGCUCCUCCCAAAAUGGAUUAUUGUCUGUUGGAAGUCAAAGUAUUAAUCUAGAGGAGCACAUAAAAACACUAAUUAUGUUAAUUAAGGAGGCAGUUACAGCCAUUGGUUACUUUUUAGAUAUUGAGUACAAGGUUGUUGAGGAUGAUCUUAUUGACAUAUGGUCUAUGAUGCUGACAUACUUGGCUCUUGAUUCCUCUCUAUGUGAUGCAUUUCCCCAUGGAAUGUUCUCUCAUGAGAUCGUACGUGUGGGUUGCCUCUUGAUCAAAGUUUAUAGUGAGCUUCGGCAGGUUGGUAGUCCCAUUUUCUCUUUGUGCAAAGCUAUACGAUGCAUUGGAUCUCCUCGUGGUGAUAGACUGAUGGGUGACUUUGAUAAAGAAAUUUUGUCGUGUGUGUCCAGUUUAUCAUUUGACACUUGUGUGGGACCAGUGAUUACAUUGCUAUGCUCCCAAGAGUUUAGAGAUUCUAUUACUAAUGCUAUUAAGUCUAUACCCGAAGGUCAAGCUAGUGGGUGCAUUCGGCUCUUGAAAAUGGAUGUUUCGGAAUCAUUGGCAUGGAUAAAAAAACCCAACAACUUUGUUGGUGUUGGAAAUGAAAUAGAAGACAAGGCCCUGCAGAAUAAUGAUUCAAAGGGACGAAUUGCACAAGCUGAGGUUUUGGGGCGGGGUUUGUCUGAAGUAUACACACUUAUCUUGGACAAUUUAACUGUCAUUACAAGUAAUAGUGUCCUUGUUGGAAACUCUUUAAAGGAGCUAGUUGCAACAAUCUGUCCUUGUCUGAGUAAUUUGGUGGGUCUUCAACCAGAUAGAAUAGCUGAGUUCCUUUCAGCGGUCUCUGAUGUAUGGGUUCCUGAGAAUGAUAUUUUAAAAUGCAAGCUCUUCCUUUCAUGGAUCCUUGUAUUUUUCUUUCGGAUAUACACUUCUUCUAGAAGUUUAUACAGACAAUCAAUCUGCUUGAUGCCACCAACUUUAGCAAGAAAGGCAUCAGUGUUAAUGGGAGAUAUUUUCACAGCAUACUCUGGGAUGGAUUGGAAAAAUAGGAUCAACCCAAAAGAGGAAGGCUAUUUUUCUUUGAUAAGAAAACCUUCUGAUCCUCUUUUGGUCAUUUUGCAAUCCAUUUCUGACUAUUUUCAGUGGGAUAGUUAUGCACAGUGCCCUCAACUUUUGUAUUUACUGCAUGUCAUGACCUUGCAGAGGCUUGUUGAUUUGAAUUGGCAAAUAAAAUCUUUUGAGUUCUUACAAGAAAGAGAUGAGCGAAUUAAUCAAGCAGGGUUGCUGGAUUCCGCUGCUGAAUCAGCGAAAAAGUGGGAAAGACAUGCCUCCCUGUCAAAGAAAGAAGCAUCAGAUCUUACUUGUUUCGUGUUAGAGUUCUUAUCUUCAUCUCUAUUUUCCAAAGCAAAACACAAAUUCCUGAAGGAUGAUUUAAUUAUUCAGUAUAAUGCUUGGAAUUUGAGUGUAGGUUCGAUGAGUAACAAUGUUCUGCCAUGUGCCAUUUGGUGGCUCCUUUGCCAAAAUGUAGAUAUUUGGUGUACUCAUGCUAUGCCAAGGAAUUUGAAGAAAUUUAUGACUCUAUUGGUCCAUAAUUCAUUGUCCUAUCUCAAUGGAGAUGCUAGAGAUUCAAGGAUGCAGAAUGUGGACCACACAAGCUGCACAAGGAUAAUGACAAUGUGUGAUGUUUCAUGGGAGCUUCUAAAUGAUACUAUCCUCUAUGAACAACCACUGCUUUGCAGGCAUUUGAGAUUGAGGUUAUGUCAUGCUCUAAAGAAGUCCUUACCACCAAGAUUCUUCGAUCCUUAUAUUGAUUUGGGCUUUGACAAUGUGCCAGACUGGCAAGAGCUCAUAGAUAGAGUUGAGAAAGUGUCAACGACAGGCAGUGGUGAUUUAGCUGCUCCCCAUGCUAAAGGUCGGACAAGAAAUGAAAGUGAUCCUUCAUUUAGAGAGGGGUUUAUUGAUUGUCAACAUUUGUUGCAUCUCAUGUGUUGGAUCCCAAAAAGUUGCACCAAUUCUAAAUCAUUCUCAGUUUAUGCGACACAUAUCCUCAAUAUUGAGAGGGUGGUUGUUUUCUGUUUAUUGGAUCAUGUCAAACUGACUCCAAGUAAAUCUUACUGGGGAGAAAGCAGAGUUCAUAUUGUUGUUGAUGAGCUGUUCAAAUUACUCUUAUCUAGCCGGAGGGCUCUGAAGUAUCUAGCAGUGUCAUCUGAGCAAAUUGGACAGUCCUCAUUUGUGCAUAUCAUUUUUCAGAAUUCAUUUUCUAUUUUGUGGGUUUUGAAGUCGAUAUCUGAAGUCUCUGCAUUAUCGCUUAUGUUUACUGAUGAGGAUAAUGCUAGUAGACAUAUGAAACGUAUCAUCUUCGCACUGAUAUUCCAUACUUCUCAGUUAUUUUCAACUCUAUGCAAAGGUCAAAUGAACUUGGCCCUGCAGUCUCUUAAAUCUCAAGAACCGUUGAAUCUAUCUGUUCCUGUCCAUCAUGUGGUCAACACUUCAGAGAAGCUACUGAAGCCAGAUGAGCAUCCGCAAAACACGACAGGUCAUUCCCAAAAAACAAAGACAGUUGAAAUCCCGAACUCAGAUCCUUGGGAAAGAAUGGAACUAUUGGCAGAGACAUUGAAGGAACAUGCAAUAAAGUUGUGCACUACCUUGGAGGAAGAGACUAGUGGGACAAGCUUCAGGGCUCAUGAUAUCAAUGUUGUGCUUUGGACCAGGCUGUCUUCUUUAGCAGCUGGUAUCCAGGGUUUUGUAUGGGGCUUUGUGUCUGCUAUAAACAGCAUAAAGGGAAAAUACUCCAUAGAUAAAACCCAAUUGUUUAUUUGGAGGCAUAGUCAUGUAUCUAGAGUGAUGUCCUCCGUAAACGUUUUUGAGCAGUUUGCUGUCCUCUGUAUAAAGAUGUUCCUUUUAGAUAAUUCCAGGAGAAUCAAGACUGAUAGUGAUUGUUUGGGAAAUUGGGGAUCCACAAAUCAAGUAUUGCAAUCAGAUUAUGGCAGUGGACCCACGUAUUCUCAAGUCAAGGAAUUCACCAUUGAUCUAUUUGAGCUGCCAGAUUUAACCAAGUCAUUGCUGCAAACUUUAUUAAAAGGUAAGAACCCUGAUCUAGCUUUUUGUAUCGGGCAACUCUUUAUGGUUGCUGCUGCUAUUUUGAAGGUGAAGCAUGUGCUAUCUUUCCCUAUGGUUGUCAAUCAACCCAUGAAUUUCUGUCAAUCAAUGGACUUCCUUAUCGGAUUGAUGCACUAUUUAUUAUCAGAGUCUACAUCAAUGGUUGGAUGGUCCCACCCAUCUUCUUUUUCCUGGUUACAUGGUGUUUUGAAAUACUUGGAAGUCCUAGGGAGUUGUCUUCCUUUUAAGGAUCCUAUCUUUUCUCGUGAUGUUUAUGCCAAGCUGAUUAAUUUACAUCUUGGAGUAAUAGAAAAAUUUAUCUCAUUACAAGGAAGAACUGCAACCCUUGCCUACCAUAAAACAGGGUACAAUUUUGAAAAACUAGAAGAGUGGAGGGGUCCCUCGGAGGAUGAUGCUUCUGAAUUUGAUUCUGAGAAGUACAACAUGAAUGAAUUUAAAGCUAGGAUUAAGACAUCAUUCACAAUGUUUGUUAGGAAUCCCUUGGAACUCCAUUUUCUAUCGGCUAUACAGGCAGUAGAAAGAGCACUUGUUGGAGUCCAGGAAGGUUGCACUAUGGUCUAUGAGAUAAAAACUGGCGGUAUAAAAGGUGGAAAGGUUGCGGCAGUUGUUGCCUCUGGGAUUGAAUGCUUGGAUCUGAUUCUUGAAUGUAUCACAGGUCGGAAGUGCAUGAACGUUCUUGCAAGACAUAUCCCUAGCUUAGCUGGUGCUUUGUUUAAUAUAGUUCUUCACCUUCAAAGCCCCCUUAUCUUUCUUCCUCAGAAGUUAGAGUUUGAUCCUAACCAAGGCUAUGUUGAUCCUGGAUCAGUCAUUCUCAUGUGUGUUGGGGUACUCUCAAAGGUUGCAGCCAAGGAUUCUCUAUGUCCUUUGUUUGCGGGCCACGUGGGGCAAUGUCUACAUCUUCCAACUGCACUUUUUCAGCACUUCUCUUGGAUUAAAAAGCCACAAGAUUCUUUUAUAUCACCACUAUUUACAACCAACCCAGGGUUUGGGCCUAAGGAUUCUUUAGUGAUGAAUGGGCAUCUGAAGACUAUAGAUUACGUGUUCUGUGUGAACCUAUAUACUGCCUGCUGCAGAUUGCUAUGUACAGUUAUCAGGCACUGGAAAAGGGAGGUUGGACAUUGCAUUUCUCUGCUGUGUAAUUCAGUGAGGAUUCUUCUCUACUGUUUGGAGACCAUGGACACUGACCUGGCUCACAACAGAGGUUUCUGUGUUUGGAACACUCAAGAGGUAGUAAAAUGUGCAAGCUUUCUUAGACGGAUAUAUGAAGAGAUAAGGCAGCAAAAGGAGCCUCUUGGGAUGUACUCCUCUCAUUUUCUAUCCAGCUACAUACAACUUUAUUCGGGAUUAGGUCCUUCCAAAAUGGGAAUCAAAAGAGAGGUUGAUGAGGCAUUAAGACCUGGUAUAUAUGCUUUAAUUGAUAUAUGCUCCCCUGAUGACCUACAACAUCUUCACACUGUAUUGGGAGAGGGGCCAUGCCGAAGCACAUUGCAGGAAUUGAGGCAUGAACAUGAACUGCGUUUCAAAUAUUUUGGGAAAGCUUGAGGUAACCUUGCAAUGGAAUUACAUGUCUUUCUUUAAAUGCCCAAAUAGAGAAGGAAAGAAAAUCCAUGAGGGUAGAUAUCGUGGCAUUUUGGGAGAAUAAAGAGGCCAUGAUAAAAAGGUUUGCCUCUUUAAAUUAUGGGAGCAGAUAAGUGGUAUCUCAAUUUUGUGCAUCCAGUGCCUGUUGUCGUUACUGGGCUGAAGUAUCUUGCUGCUUAAAGAAGGUAUAUAUAAAAUAUCGUUACCUAAUAUGGUAUAUUUUUGGUUGAAGGUUUGAGUUGUUGCUCAAUUUUUUUUGGGUGUGGUUAGUGUAAGGCCUUGGCUUUGUGAUACAAAGUAAGCCUCACCUCAAAGCCAGCAAAAAAUGUACUUGACUCUGGAAACCCUUGUGAUAGCCUGAAAAUCAAUUUGAUGUAUCUGUGGACACUUGAAAGCGAAAGGUCAAGAUGAACUGUUACAAGGUACACUAUUUUUAGGGCUUGAAAUCCUUUUUUGUUUUUGCAUAUCCAUAAUUGUUAAUGCUCCAAUUGCAAUUUCUGGUGAGAUAGAGGACAGAGCUUUAGAUACUUUCCUAUGCUAAAUUUGUGAAUGUUUUUAUCCUCUGUAGCAAAUAACUCAUACAUGUGAGCAGCAAUUCUCUUCUAAGAAUCAUUACAUCCGAAGCAUUUGAAGGAAAUCCAUUCAAUUAACACGGAUGUAUAUAUGUGAGAAGGUAAAUGAGGUGGCAAAGUUCCCUUUGUUUUUCUAUUUUCUUUUUUAUAUUCUUUCGUAUUGUACUCUUCAAGUAUGUGUUUUCUUGCCACCCCAUUUGAAGGAUUUGGCUGUAAUUUAUACAAAAGGAAAUCAGGUUGUAUUCUCUAUCCAAGUGUUAUUAUUAUUAUUAUUAUUAUUUCCUAAUAUUCCUUUUUCCAAAAGGAUGGAUUAUAGCGCUACAUAUUGUUCUUCAUCUUCUUUUAGAGGAUAUGAUACAACAGCUUAGUUAAUGAAAAACCGUUUGGCCUUCCUAGGGAAGGUAGAAUCCUCCUGUUCUCAUUCUCUAGUCAGUUUGGUUGGAACUUGUGGAGAUCUCUGGUGAGUCUGACUGAAGGCUGGAACUUGUGGGAUCUCUUGUGAGUUUGCCAGGUGAAUGUUGAAAACAUCUUCGGUGGAACCCAAGUGGUUAUCUGUUGGUAAAACCACACUAGCACCUUAUUUUCAAUUUUCAUUUGGAGAGUAUCUAGUCAUUUCAAUAUAUAAAACUAUACCCACUAUAAAUCUAUACCCACCAGAUGAAUGAAUGGUGAAGAUAGAAUAGGUGGUUACUAUUAUGGUCCUCCUAUAUCCCUUUAUGGUUCAGAGGCUGAACUUCAAACAAUUGUUGCUAUGAUAAAAUACAAAGGAUUAUAAAAAAGAAAUGCAAAGCCUGAUUUGGAUGAUGCAGAUUAUCACUCAAUAUUAAAUGAGGGAUUCCGGUCACGGGGAGCCCUGGUUGGACAUUGGCCCGAUUUCCACAUGGUUCUCCACAAGAGCAAGGAGCUUGGCAGAAAUCAGAAUGCGGGUCUCUCCUUUUACCACAAAAGCAGGGUGUACUUUAAGCACUGUGGAUCUCUUCUUUGGCCACAAAAGCAAAAUGGACUUCAGCUCUUAGGAGGUGGCUGUUUUAACAGAUUCACAACCACUGCAGCACCAGCUCAAUCUCUGCUUUGUAUCAAUUUGUAAAUGAGCAUAUAAAGGAGCUGUUGCCCGUUUUUUUAUACAAUUGAGAUGAAAGAGAAUCAACUACAACAUGAUCAGCUGAAGAUGACCUUCCAACCGCAUUGAAGCAUACCAUUCAUUCCAGUGAACAAGCAACAAAAGCUUUUUAAUCAAUAAGAAAACAUAUUGCCAGAUUGCUCUGCAAAAACUGUUUCAGAUCUCAAAUAUAGGGCUUUUUUAGGGUUUCUAGGAGUAGCAAAUGUGAAGUAUUAAGAGAAGAUGUAAAAAAAUAGAAGUGAAGUUUAUCAAAGACUAUGGACCAAAGUGUACUUGAUUCCUCAAACAUUUUAGAGUUUUUUUUUUGCCCUAGUUUAUUUUAUCUAAACUUUGAACCAA